AUGAAUGAGCUACAGGAUUUGUUGGUCGUUAAGAUCGGUGACUACUUGGAUAAUGACGUCGAUAGACUUUGCUUCACAUUGAUGUCCAAGAGGCUGUAUAGAAUACGCAACAAGUUGACAUUCAAUUGCACUGGAUGUACAUUGGAUCAAGAUGAUGUCAUAACACUCUGUACACUCAAAUCCUAUCGUGAACCAAUUGGCAAAUCAUUGGACUUGAAGAAGAGUCGUAUAAGGUUCACCAGAUUGCCCUUGUCACCGGUGACACAGCAGACGCCCUCAGACCAACAACAACAACAGUUAUCAUCACCAUUACCUGUUGUAUUUGACUUGUUGGCAUUGUCCUCGAAUCCUGCAUUCCAACAAUCACCUUCGAUAUCCAGCAACUUCUCAGAGUCCAUCAAGUCACUCAAGACUUUGAAGAAGCAAUUGAACUUGUCGCGCGACACUUCAUUCAAUCGGUCGAUUAUUGAUGUGUUGCCAGCGACACCCGACGAGGAACAGACUAGCUAUGAGGUGGAGGACAGCGAGGAGAGUCUGGACGACAUCCCUCCCAGCAUACUACGUCUCACUUUUGGCAGCAAGUUCAACCGCUUCAUUAGACCCGGCGUGCUGCCAGAGCACUUGACUCACCUUACAUUUGGCCAUCGAUUCAAUCGUCCCAUCCUGCCCGAUGCCUUCCCGCCGACGGUACGUGUGCUAGAGUUUGGAUAUCGCUUCAACAGUGUGUUGCCCAUGGGCGCCAUCCCGCCCUCAGUCACCAAGCUGUCAUUUGGCCACGACUUCAAUCAAUCCCUUGUGAACCUACCAACAGGCAUCACGCAGCUCAAGCUUGACUAUGAGUAUGCGCGUCCGCUCACCCCUGGCAGUCUACCACCUGCACUCAUACAUCUUCGUAUCCUGUCUGGACACAACUUUGAGGUGGCCGUCGGCUCGUUCCCCAACGGUCUGCAGCAUCUAGAGUUUGGCGUGGCGUUUGACCAGCCCCUGGUGCCAGGCCUCCUCCCCAACACGAUCACUCAUCUCUUGUUUGGACAACGAUUCAAUCGUCCGAUCCCAGUCGAUGUGCUGCCCACCUCGUUGCAGAGCCUGGUGUUGGGCGAGCACUUUGAUCAGCCACUUGAAGAUGAUGCAUUGCCACGAUCAUUACACUUGCUGACCAUUGAAUGUGACAUUGUGCCAUCGAGCUCAAGGAUCAAGCCUAUCUAUGAUCAUCCGUUGCCACUGUCAUCUGUUCGCCAUGUGCUCAACGUCAACAUCUACCGACAUACAUUCAGAUUGCGUGACCUUGGUCAACAUGUGUUAGUACUCAGCAAGAACUUCAUUGGUGGAUUCCUGGAUGUACAGCAUGAAGGCGAUGAUCAACUUGACUUUAGACAACUGGCUAAACACAUACUUGAGACGACAACUUCAAAGAGUCGUCUGGCCCGACUCGGCUCAAGUAUGAUCGUCUAG